AUGCCCUUCAGAAGCAAGUUCUGGAAGCGUCUGCGGAAAGUUUCGAGCGGCAUGUCAAUAGACGAUAGCGCUACUGAUAGUAACUCUACUGAUCAGUCGUCUGUAUUUGACUCAGCUCCUAAUUCUCCAGCUGUGGCAAGGUUUGAUGAAUCAGAAUACGGCACCAGAAAAAGGACCCUGGCCAAUACAGUCAGUCCGGCACCGCGUCCCACAAGCUGCUAUGUUACUCCACCGCUUCCUUCUAUGGAUGUGGACAUUGAUAGCGAAAGGGCAAAUAAUGUAUCGGGGAAAUUGCGAAAUCCUAUCUUAAAAAGAAGACUGAAUUAUGGCUUGCUGCCUUCUGACAGUGACUCCAACAAUAAGAUCUUUGGCAGGAGUCUCUCUUUGAGAUCUCCAGCAAGACCUUCUUCCGUAUCAAGGCAAAAGAAAAAUGACUCCAAACUCUUUCGUAGUCCUUCUAUGAACUUGUCCAGAGGCAAGGUUAGUCGAUUUGACAACAAGAAAAAUGAUGGAGAGGUUUCAGGGUUAGGUAUUCACUAUCCGGCGCAGAAUUCUAGUCCCCGGGUAUCAACCUCGAAGAUAAAAUCAAAUUCAACGCCCGAUGUAACCCGAGGACUUUCUACGUUGAGUGUAGAUUCUCAAUCAAGGCAACCUUUAAUUACUAAGAAUUUGGUUGGAAAUAACAGCUUAAUUACGAAAGCGGAAGACCAGGGAUCUUCUGUUCCUAAAGAAAGGAAUUUGCAUCCAUCUAUUUUGAGAAAUGGGUCUCUUUCUCUGAGCACGUCUAGUCUCGUCAGCAAUACAAAGAGCCUUAGAUCGAAAGCGAAUACCAUCAAGCUGGUAUCUAGUCGUAAUGUGGAUGUGACAAAUAUGAGUACGCUCUGUGGUUCCCAUACCAUGCUAGAAAGUGGUUCACUUUCCUUGAAACAUGAUUCUGUCUAUUCUGUACUGAGGGUCACGCUGUCAAUUUUGGACGAGUCAUUAGGUAUUGGAAUUGUCGAGAAGGAUCGAAAUGAUAUGCCUACAGAAAAUAGCUGUGGACUUGAGACGUCCUCCAAAAAUGUAGUGAAGCAAAUCUUGAAGGUCAAAGUUUACGUUGGGAACGAUGAAGAUGAAGUGAUUGCUUUGAAAGUUCCUAAGGACAGGUUAAAAUCACCUUCGGACUUGAGUGCUCUUGUGAGAUACAAAUUGCUGACUGCCCAAAGUACAUAUAUUGCAAGAGAAUUGAACCUAAGCAUCAUAUUCAAAGAUACCAAUUUAAAUCCUGUUGACCUCAACAAUGAAGAUAUGUCAGAUCUUAUAAUGAAUUUUGCCAUGAUAAAAGAUAAGCUCUAUCUAAGAGCAAGCUCUAAACAGCCGGUCUGA